ACCUCCUCUCAAAUCCCUAACUCCUUCUCCUACAACCACUCUCUCUCUCUUCAUUUUCUCGAGAAAUCAUUUCAAACUCGUUUCGAUUCAUCCCACAAAACUUCGGUACCGACCGAUCCGUUCUGAUUCCACCUGCGAGAGAAUUCAAAAACAGCAAAGUUUUUUUUUCCUUCGUCUAAGCUUUGAUCAAAACUCAUGGGUACUUCUCAGAGCCGUGAAGAUCGGAUCACCGAUUCCGACACCGAAUCCGAUUCUGAUUACUACCAAGAAGAAGAAGAAGAAGAUGACGAUGAUCAGAAGAAGAAGAAGCAAGGAUCGUCUUCUGGUUCGAAACCUUCUUCCGAUUCAUCAUCGAUUCUCGAGAUCGAGAAGAAGCUGAGCGCCUUGAAGCUCAAAUACCCAUCGCCAUCCUCGCCCCCCAACGCGGUGAAGCUUUACCGCCACAUCGGAGGAAACACCCCCAAGGCGAAAUGGAUCACCGCGGAGAAACUCACAUCCUACAAAUUCGUCAAAACGACGUCGUCCGAGGGAGACGAUGUCGUUGAUUACGACGACGGCGAAGAGACAAACGAGAAAGGCGAGUCCUUUUGGUUUCUCGGCGUCGGUGGUUCCAAGGUCAGAGCUAGGGUUUCCACCGAUAUGCAGUUGAAGAUGUUUGCUGACCAGCGCAGGGUCGAUUUCGUGAGUAACAAUGGUGUCUGGGCGUUGAAGUUCUUGUCGGAUGAGGAGUAUAGGAGGUUCGUUACUAGGUUCCAGGACUAUCUGUUUGAGAAUGUGUUUAUGGUAAAAGCCUCUGAGGAGAGUAAGAUGAAAGUCUACGGGAAAGAUUUUAUUGGUUGGGCUAACCCUGAGGCUGCUGAUGAUUCCAUGUGGGAGGAUGCUGAAGGUCCACCUGAGGAGGAGGAGGAGGAAGUUAAUGAGAUAGAUAAGGACUUGACUGAAGAGUUUGAAGAGGUGGCUAACGGUGGAGUGCAGAGUCUUGCUUUGGGUGCGUUGGAGAAUUCUUUCCUUGUGAAUGAUUCGGGUGUUCAGGUUUAUAGGAACAUGGACCGUGGGAUUCACGGGAAAGGUGUGUGCGUUAGGUUUGAUGGUGGAAGAGCUGCGAGCCAGACGACGCCGAACAAGGCGCUUUUGAUGAGGGCGGAGACUAAUAUGAUGCUGAUGAGUCCUGCUAAGCAAGGGAAGCCCAACACGAGCGGUGUGAAGCAGCUUGAUAUCGAGUCAGGGAAGAUUGUUACUGAGUGGAAGUUUGAGAAAGAUGGGACUGAGAUCACGAUGAGAGAUAUAACGAAUGAUACUAAAGGGUCGCAGCUAGAUCCGUCUGAGUCUACGUUCUUGGGGUUGGAUGAUAAUAGGCUGUGUCAGUGGGACAUGAGGGACAAGAGAGGGAUAGUGCAGAACAUCGGAUCAUCGCCCGUCUUGGAGUGGACUCAAGGGCAUCAGUUUUCGAGAGGGACUAAUUUCCAGUGCUUUGCUAGUACUGGAGAUGGGUCGAUCGUUGUGGGAUCGCGUGAUGGGAAGAUAAGGCUGUACUCGAAGACCUCAAUGAGAAUGGCGAAGACUGCUUUCCCGGGGCUUGGCUCGCCGGUAACUCAUGUGGACGUGUCUUAUGACGGGAAGUGGAUCUUGGGGACAACGGAUACGUACUUGGUUCUUAUAUGCACCCUUUUCACAGACAAAGAUGGUCGGACUAAAACAGGUUUUAGCGGAAGGAUGGGGAAUAAGAUACCAGCUCCGAGGCUGCUGAAGCUAACGCCACUAGAUUCACACUUGGCAGGAAAAGAUAAUAAGUUUCACGGCGCUCACUUCUCAUGGGUAACGGAGAGUGGGAAGCAAGAGAGGCACAUUGUGGCAACAGUGGGGAAGUUCAGUGUGAUAUGGGACUUGGAACGGGUGAAGAACAGUGCGCAUGAGUGCUAUAGGAACCAGCAAGGGCUCAAGAGCUGUUACUGCUACAAGAUCUUGUUGAAGGAUGAGUCGAUCGUGGAGAGCCGGUUCAUGCACGAUAGAUUCUCUUUCUCUGGUAACAAGUCUCCUGAAGCUCCACUUGUGGUUGCCACUCCUCAGAAAGUCAGCUCCAUUAGCCUCUCUGGAAGACGCUUGUGACAAACACGUACCUGAAACAUUUUUUCAUGUUGGUUUUUUUUGUAAUGAAAUUUGCUUGUAAUGUUGAUUUUCCUGUCUUGGUGUGAAGAAGGUUUGUGUGUGAUGAAUGAUAUUUGGCUUUCCUUAAAUAAGUUUCCUGUAAACAGCUUUGUAUGUGGUUUGAAUCAAACUGGGUAUGACUUUGGUUUCU